UCCACGUUUGACAAUCCGUAGACGACAACAAUUGAACAACCAACCAAUGUUAUAGCAUAUUUGGAGUAUAAACAUUACACAAGUCGCAGCCAGACAUGGCAGGAGGAGGGGGUUCGAGUGUUGGGGGUUUGAAACAUCCCGUAAAGAUAUUUGCGAACAUCUUCAUAUCGUUUAUUGGAGCUGGUGUACUUGGUCUGCCAUACGCAUUCAAAGAGGCUGGAAUCAUUGAAGGAACCUUGGUGAUGACCGGUGUUGGUAUUAUAAGCAUCAAAGCUAUGCUCCUGUUAAUCGAGUGCAAGUACAGAAUUCUGGAAAAUCAAGGUUCCAAGUCUAGUUACAGCAGAAUGAGGGAAGAAGAUGAUGGGCUGAAGACAGCAGGCUCAAAGGACGAAUUACAAGAUCUGAUGAGAGGGGAAGAACACCUCGUCAUUCGGGUUAAAGAUCCUCCCCUUUCCAAGGGUGAAGACUUGUCCUAUGGUGAUGUGGGAUAUCAAGCUAUGGGCCAUACAGGACGAUUUCUAGUCGAUCUGGCGAUUGUUCUCUCACAAAUAGGUUUUUGCUGUGCAUACCUCAUAUUUAUUGCCCAGAACCUGUCUGAUUACAUGGCGGGAAUGAAAUUAGGUCACUGGCUGAUGAUACUGCUCCCUACCUUGUGUAUGCUGACAAUGCUGCGUCAUCUAGGCAGUCUGGCUAUUACUAGUUUGAUGGCCCAGUGUUCCAACUUGAUGGCAUUUGGUGUGGUCUUCUGGUUUGAUUUUGAACACUUCUAUAGCAUUGAAUAUUGUUAUGUGAAGGGACAUGUGAUAUCGUCUAGACACUGUGCUCACAGUUUACAUCCAGCGAAGUUUCGAUUCUCUGGGCUUCCAUUUUUCUUAUGCAUAGCUAUAUACUGUUACGAGGGAGCAGGUAUGAUUUUAUCUUUAGAAGCCUCAGUUCAUGAAGAUUUGAGAUUCAAGUUCAAAAAGUAUUUCAUUUCCACGAUGGUUUUAGUUACAACACUGUAUAUAACAUUUGGAGCAUGUGGGUAUUUGUCUUUUGGUCCAGAAACAAAUCAGAUAAUCACACUGAAUUUACCAAAUGGCCAGUCGGUUGACUCCAGUAUGAUUGUCAAGUCAUUUCUCUGUUUGGCCCUUUACUUCACUUACCCCGUUAUGAUGUUUCCAGUAACAAAAAUUUUGGAGAGAUAUUUUUUACCAGACGCUGAUAAACAGUACUGGAAAGGAAAUAUUAUGCGUGCUAUAUUGGUGGUGAUCACAGGGUUCAUCGUCAUGGCAAUACCCAACUUUGCGAUUUUGAUGGCUUUAAUAGGUGCCAGUUGUUGUAUCCUAUUGGCAUUAGUCUUACCUGGAGCCUUUCACUUGAAGAUUUUUAAUGUGUCACUAACGCGGUCUCAACGUCUUAUCAACUGGUCUCUAAUUAUAAUGGGUAUUCUAGGGACCAUAGUUGGAAUGUGGGAUGCUCUGAGGCGUGUUGCAGAACCAAAUUUAUCAACCCACCCAGAACAGUCAGAUUCAGAUGGUUUUGUGACAGAUAAUACAACGUCUACUGCAGUAUCUACAGCAUCUGCCUUCCUGACAUCUGUAGUGUCAAAUGCAGUGUCAACCAUACUUAAUAUAUCAACAGGAGCAGCUGUGACAUCAACAUCAGGGACAACAACAACAGAGACAACAACAACAGUAGCAGCACCAACAACGUAGUUCUUGAAUGUUCAGUUCUUGAUGCUGCCUCUUUAUGUAUAAAUAUUUUUAACAAAGACUAAUGAAUAUUAUAUUUUUAACAAAGACUAAUGAAUAUGAUGCAGAAAAUUAAUUAUUGUGUACGAGGUGAUCAGGGUUUAGGCUGAAGACUGUAAAAUAUUAAAACAAUUUGGUGAAUUUGCUUAAAAAAUCUGUUGCCAAAUUCAAGCUUUAGUUAGCCAAACAGUAAAAAUGGCGGUACAUCUAUGAAUGACAGAUGAUUUUCAAAUUAGCUUUUUGGUGAAUUAGUGAUGAAAUAUAUUCUUUAAAUUCAACUUUAAUUUGCAUUUGGUAAUUUGGUGAGCAACAGAUUAACACUGCCUGGGUGAUAUUCUUAGUUUAAGGCAGGGCUAGCUAUAGCACUCGCCAAAUUCGCCAAUUGCGAAUUUUGAAAGCAGUGAAAAUAUUUUCAUGGAAUAAUUGACAUUUUUUUAGAAAAUAAAUGACAAUUUCUGUAAUUUUUGAAGUUUAAUAGACAGUUUGGCGAAUUGUUUUGCUCCCCCAGAGCUAGGCCUGGUUUAGGGGCUUGUAUCGAAAUAGUGUACUAAGGUAUUUGUUCAUGUAUAUCUUAUGGACACUGGAAACAUUGUUUGAGAUUAAGUCAUAAACAGAUUUUGACAAACACAGCUGAAUAUAUUUAGGAGAAGUCUGUUUGAAUUGUUUAAUACAAGAUUGUGGAAUUUAAGGACGUUGGUGCAUAUUAUCCUUCUUGAUAACUGUCCCUUUAAAAAUACUUGCAGAUUUUUGGGGUGAAGAAAGUGUCUAAAACCACUGCAUACAUCUCUUUCUGAUAUCAAUUUUUUAUAUUUAAUAUGUCAUUUGAAGACAGGGUGAUUGUUUUUUAAUGAACACAUUUUUUUUUUUUCACUGUGUGGUAUUCCAGAAGCAAAGAAAGAAAAUGUAGGGAUAGUGUAAGGUUCUGCUGUUGCAUUUUGAUAUCAAUUCAGAGUACAUGUCUGUGUGCGAUUUUGGUUUAAAUUUUUUAGGUGUCAUAAGGUUUGCAAAUCUUUGGAGCCCACCACCAACCCAGUGAGCCCUGCCAUGCAUCUCCAGUAGAACAGAAGAGACACUAAAUGUUUUGCAUGAAACCAUGGAAAAGAUCACUAUUCAAGACUGUGCUUUCCUAGUAUUUUGAAAUAUAUGUUUACUGUGUCAUUUCGAAGAAUCAAUGUAAUUUGUACAAAUAAUUUUUAUGAGCCGUGCAUGCAGGCUCGUAUGCUAGCCAAGCUAGAGAGUCCUAUAUGAUUUUUACGAGCCUCGGGUUCCAGACUCCUCAAAAUCGCACACUGCAUGUAUUGAUAAUUAUUCUGAUAUGAAAACAAAAAUAUUCCUUCAGUUAUCCACAUACAUUAAGUAUGUUUCAUUAAUUUUAGUCUACAUAGUGUGUAAAUUAACAUAAUUACAAUAUACCCAGUAAAAGGAUUGUCUCCUUUGUUAAAAUAAAUAUGGCACUCCAGUUCAAAAUAAUGUCUCAUGAAAGUUGUUAAUUAAAGUUAUCACUAAAUCUUUAGCCUGCUGACCAAAACACUUGGGUCCAAUGUUAAUGGUUUCAGGUCAGCUGGAUUUUCUCCUAUUAUUGGUAGUUUUUGAGAUUGAUUUUGUAGAGAAGAACUACCAGUAUGUGGUUGAAAGACAAUUCUUGAUGUUGUUAAGGAUUGUCUGUUAUUUCUUUUACAUUCAUUGGGGUAUGAACAACAAAAAUCAUCAGCAAACUGUGUGAAUUGGCGAAGCCAUUCUCACAAAAGUUUGCAGAUGUUUUUGUUUUCAUACCCAGAUGAACGUAAAAAAAAUAACAAACAAUACUUACAAUUAAAUUUGCAUCAUACAGGCUAAUAAUAACACUAAAACAUCAUACUUUAUUUUGAAUUAUUUUGUAUUCAUAAACAAUAACGCUCAAUAAGACAACUUGCACAUAUAAAAUGAUGUUAUCAGAUAUGAUGUUCCCCGACAAUGUAAUUUUUACAUAUGAACAAACUCCAGUUGCUAAGUUUGGACCAAUGGGAUGAUGUUAUGUUGUAAUGAAUGUAACAGAAAUUUAAUUAUUUAAAAGUAAAGUUGUUAAAAUUGUUACAAUUAUAAUUAAAAUAAUUGAUUAUUGAUAAUCAAUUUAUGUGUUACCGGUAAUUAACAUUUAUUAUUAUUAUUCAGUUGCAUGUGUUAUACUUAUAUGUACACCCGUAUUACACGCACAAAAAAGUUAAGGUUCUAGCUUCUAAAAAUUUCAUGUUCCUUUACUAAGAACUAAUUAUGUUCCAUGAUAUCAGUUUACAUAAUUUGGAAAUGCAAACAUGUCAUUUCUAUAUUAUGUAAUAAAUAUACAGAACUUCACAUACAGUGUUUUCGCUUCCUAUUUAUUGCGCGAGUUUAUUUUGCAUAAGAAUAUAUACCAUGAGACUGUGUAGCGGUCGAGUGG